AUGAACGGACAGACGGAGGAAGGCGAAGCCGAGCAGUACAUCUUCAGCUUCGCGCCGAAGGUGAGUUCCGGGCUAGACCAUUUCGCAUGCGUGGGGUACCACAAGAACAAGCCGACGGCGUUUUGCUGGGGAGGGAACGCGAGCAACCAGCUGGGGGUGGGAAUCAACACAAGGGAGUGCAAAGUGCCCACCCCCGUUCCUUUUUUUGAGGACCUGUUUGUAACCUCCGUGUGCUGCACCUAUUACUGUACGUUCGUUUUAGCUAAGAGGAACGCAUUCGAUGUGGGGUGCUCCGUGUACUCCUUCGGGAGGGGCAACAAUGGGUUGCUGGGGUUUAGGAAAAAGAGGGUUUUCCCCUCCAACCGUGCAGACUCGCCCGCGGGGGGGAGGGAGAAGCUGCUGGGGAAGCUUGACGGCAGGGUGGACCGCACGUUGCUGGCCGCGUUUGGGGUGGGGCGCGGGCGCAGGGAGUCCCCUCCCUCGGUUAGCGAAGUCAGCGGUGGUGGUGGCGGAAGCGGCGAUGGUGGAAGCGAUGGAGGUAGUGCCGCUAAUGCCGCUAACCGUGGCCUGCUCCACUUUGACGUUGACAAGAUUUCCAGUGAGGAGGACUCCGCGGGGGAGAAGGCGGAUGAGAUGGCGGAGGAGAAGGCGGACUGGUUCACCCCCGUGCCGAUGAAGGUGAAAUUUCCGGAGCGCACGAAGAUCAAGUUUAUCUCCUGCGGGGACAUGCACACGUUGGCGAUUUGCACGAAGGGGGUCCUCUACGGCUGGGGGAGCAACGCCUUCGGCUGCGUGGGGAAUGGGACCAACGCGAAUGUGUACGAGCCGGUUUGCAUCUCCCUGGGGGGAAGAAGUGAAACGAGUGUGGCUGACCGUUUGGGAGGUCCACUGGGGAGCGGGCCCUUUGGGAAGAGCCCCCCCCUCCACGGGGAGGAACUCAACAGAGGUAUUGUUAUUCACUGCUCCGCGGGGGGAAAGCACAGUAUGGCGUGCACGCUACGAGGGGAUAUGUACAGCUGGGGGUAUGGGGCCAACGGACGCCUAGGACUGGGGAACAUCCAAAGCUAUAACAAACCACAGAUGGUGAAGCGGUUCCAAAAGAGGAAGCGAAUCAUUUACGUCUGUUCUGGGAAGUCCCACUCAGGGUGCAUAGACGCAGAAGGUAACGUGUAUACAUGGGGGAAUGGCAAAUAUUUUAAACUGGGCCAUGGGGAUGACAAUGAUGUGUUGAGUCCGAAGAGGGUAGAAUGCAUUUGUUGCUCGCGAAGGAUCUUCAUGCUAAGUUUUGGCCCCUUCAAUUCGGUAGCGCUCAGUACAAAGGGGGAUGUAUUCCUGUGGGGGGUCUUUACUAAGGUAAGGAGGGGGUCCUCUACGUACAUCUGUAAGGUCCCCAAGAAGGUUAACACGAAUUAUAAAUGCCUGUCUGUGCAUGCAUCUGUGUACAUGGCCUUUGGGGUGACUCUCGUGGGGGACCUCAUCGUGUUGGGCGAUUCCACCAGGGUGAUCGCCUCUGGGGGGAGUGGCCCGUCCAACGUAGUGGUGAGGGGCAUCCACGGGGGGGAGUCCGACUCUGCAGAGAGCAACGCAGAUGUGGUGAGUCACCUCAUUGGGGGGGGGGAAAAGGGGAGCAACCAACCACAUCGCGGCGAUUUACCGCACCGCUUUGACUUCCCAGCCAGGUACGUCAAAGAGCUGCGGGGGAAGGUCCUCAUCAAAGACGCCCUCAGGACGUUCUACAGGCUAGACAAGGAGUCCCCCCCCUUCAGCGGUGGAGACAACGGAUGGAAUGAGCAGCCCCAGUGGGAGGAAGGAGCAAAUCUCUACGGGGAUAACCCCCCAGAGGGAGCACUCUCAAAGGGGGGGCUAAUCAUAAACUCGGGGGUGAAAACGAUUGACGGGAGCGAACACUUCACUUUGUUUCUGUUGCAAAAUGGGAAGAUUUACACAUCAGGAGUUAAUAAAAAUGGAGAGUUGGCAAAUGGAGAGCACAACUUAGGGAGGAGGUUCCCCACUCCCAUUCCCAUUAACGUGUGUGUGCAUAAAAUUGUGAAGAUCGCGUGCGGGUAUAAUUACUCCUUGGCGCUGAGCGAAAGGGGGCUGCUCUACGGGUGGGGGAAGAACGACAGAAGCCAACUAGGCAUUGGGGUUACCAAAGAUUGCUACGAGCCGGUGCACUUGAAAUCGCUCAGCAGAGUGAUCGACGUGUAUGCGGGACAUGACCACAGCGCGUGUAUUGUGAAUGACUCGUUUGAUGAGGACCUCCCGAGAGGUGACUCCCAAGAGGUUUACCUGAGCAGUGAAUCUAGCCUAGAGCGGGGAGAGCUAUACACCUGGGGUAAUGCGGAAAGUGGGAAGGUGGGGCUCGGGGCGGACUACACACAGGGGGCGAUUCUCUUGCCUAGAAGAAUCAACCUGACGAGCAAGGUGCACAGGUGCUCCCUGGGGAACAGCCACAGCUUGUUCCUCACCGAUUCGAAUGAGCUCUACGUGUGUGGCAGUGCGAACGGUGGGAAGUUGGGCCUCACCGGUGGGGGCAUCGGCAGUAGUAGCGGCAUCGGCAUCGGCGGUAGCAGCAUCGGCAGCAUCGGCAGCUACAUGGUGAGCUCGCCCAGGAAGGUGCCCUUCGACCCGAGCGUCUACAUCAAGGAGGUCGUCGCCGGAGCGACCUACAGCAUGGUGCUCUCCAUGGACGGGUUCGUCUACACGUGGGGGGAGCUUAUAAAAAACGAAGUGGCUUCCGAAGCCCCAACGCUGUAUGCCCAAGUGAGCAACGUAAAGCACAUCGUCGGUGGGAAGGACAGGCACGUGCUCUUCCACACGUAUGAUGGUAAGCUCUUCGGGUUAGGAGACAACACGCACAUGCAGAUUCUGCACGAUGUUAAGGAGAUAACCAUACGGGGGAGACCCAAACUGAUCCCGUAUUUCGUCAGAGAUAGAAGCGUAGAAGCAGCGUACUCAUUUAAGAACGCGUCGUUCGUGCAGCUGGAAGGCAACCACGAUUUGUUCGCCUGGGGGUACGCGGGAAACGGCCACCUGGGCAUCGGGGCGACCAACGUGACGCAUUUGAAGCAGCCCAGGAAGGUGAUCAAAAGUUGGGUCACCUAUGAGGAGGUCAAGCGGGGUGGGGAUUACCAUAACGAUGGGGCGGCUGAGUGGGGGAUGCCAGACGGGCCGCUUAACCCCCCUUUUAAUGAGCAACUCGCGGACGAAGUACAGUUGGUAAGGAGGAGAGUCCUCAGGAGGGCGCAGUUCGAAGACGACCUCGUGUGUAGCGCCCCCUACCGCGAAGAAGAAGUGAAGAACCUCAUCAAAGAAAUGCACAUCAUGCCGCAUCUCCUAAACUGGGAAGCCAUUCAGCUGCUUCUAAAGAAGGAGAGGUACACGAACAGCAUCCAGUACAUCCGUUCUUUCGAGAGAGACCUAAUUGACAUGUAUGCAAAACACAUGGAGUUUCUCCUGAACUUGCGUUCGCAGGAGAGGAAAUACAACGAGCUGCUCCUCAGUUACCAACACUACGUCCUCUCGAACGUGGUGAUGCUGGGCGAGGAGCGCCCCUCCAUCAUGUUCUCCCAGCACACGCACGUCCUGGACUGCAACAGGGACAAGCUGCAGCGGUUCGUGUACAUCGUCCAGCAGCAGCCCGUCUACCUCGUGCUGCUCUGCCUGAUACACAACAGCAAGAACGCCAAGUACGGGGGGGGCGGCAGUGGCGGCGGCGGUCAGCAGGACGAGCAGCACCAGCAGGACCAGCAGUUGGGGGAGUCGCCACAUAAACCGGCGCGUAAAUCGCCACAGAAACCGCUACGCAAAUCGCUGGAGAAACGCAGCUUCUACCGGGGCAGCACGCGCGUGCUGUGCGCCUUCAUCUUCGACCUGUACCAGGACCUGCGCGACGAGCGCGUGCGAACCAUCUUCACCAUCUUCCUCAUCAAGCUGGGCGUGGAGGAGGCGAAGAACUGCCUGCACGUGGAGGCCCUGUUCAGGGAGGACACCUCCAUUUUCUUCCUCCUCAUCAGGAUGCUCUUCCUGAAGAACGAAGUGCUCGCAGGCUUCGCGCGCAGCCUGGCCGACAUGGGAAACGCGAAUUCGUUCGUGCGGCUGGUGGAUUCCCUGGCAAGAUGCCGUCCCGGGGGAGCGACGUGGAAGGCGGCAGAUUGCGAAGCGGCAGAAUGCGGGGCGGCAGAAUGUGGAGCGCCAGAACGCGGAGCAGUGGAGGGCGCGCCACUCGCCGUGGAGUCCUCCCCCCUAGUGGGACCCCCCAAGGGGGCGACCAACCGGGAUGCACUCACUGGCACGUCGCUGAGUGGGGCUGCGCCCAAUCGUCCCUCGAGGAGCCCCCCCCCGCGCAGCCGCUUCAUCGAGGAGGCGAACGACCCCCUAGACAAAGAAUUCGCAACCUUCAUGAAGGGAAAAGUUCCGGAGAAGGCCCCCCCCCUGAAUCUGCCGAUUGACAUGCACAUCGGAGUGACUCCCGUUCAGCGUACCCACUUGGGGGGAAGUCCUGGUGAACACCCCGAAGUGGUAGCUCCCCCCAGUGGGCAAAAUCAAAUGCCGAAGGAACCACCGCCAGCUAGCCAAAAAGACAUCCUCAUCGAAAUAGACAUGGUACACGUGUUCAGAGAGUUGUGCAGGCUGUUUGGCAAAAUAAAUUUCCCAGAAAUCUUUCAAGUGGUUAUAAGAGGUCUCUUUGAUCAUCUGUCUCUAAGUGAGGUGAAGAACAACAGGGAGGGUCUCUCAGAAAAUAGGAUCUUCCCCUUCAGUGCGGAGCAUCUGAUCUAUGUGCCCUUUUUCCACUUACUGUUGAUGGGUAUUUUGGGUCCCAUGUUAAGGAGCGUAGAGAAGAUCGCAGAGAGGUUCUUCUUUCCUGUCGUCCCCCCCCAUGUGACGCACCUAUGCAAAAGGGUGUGCACCAUUUUGGAGGUGCUUUGCAUUAACAGGUAUGAUUGCCUCUCCAAUUACAACCUUAGGGAAAGCUUCGUUUGCGUGAAAUUCAUCCUCGAGGGGACCUUCCACUCCAUGGUGAAGGUGACUGACCGGCUGUGCAACACGAGGGAGGACGUUUAUCUGACGGCCUACUUGAAUUUGUUCCGGUCCCACCUGAGCCUCAGCCCCUGCUACGUGCAUUUGAAGGUCUUCCAGCUGUGCCAUUUGCUCAACCUGUUUUUCCGCUUCCAGAACUACCUCUGCCUGUCGUUCGAGGACCCCGCGGUGGAGAUCGUCAACGCGUUGUUCGCCUGGCAGGGGGGAGUAGGAGGCAAAGCGGUGGGAACGGGAGGUAAAGUGGUGGGGAGUAAAGCGGUGGGAGUGGGAAGCAAAACGGUAGGGAAUAAGACAGGCGGAACGGGGGGCAACGCCAAGCAGAGCGGGAACUUCCUCCUGAGGCUGAUGGCCAAGGGGAGGAAGGCUAAGCAGGUUGAGCGGGCAGAGCGGCCUGGAAAAGCUGUUCAGCCUGUCCAGCCUCGCCAUCCUGCCGAGGCUGCCCAGGACGCGCGGCGUGGUCUGCGACUCCUCUUCUCCGAGAGCCAACUGGAGCUGUUCGCGCAGUGCAAGCUGGUCUACAACGUCCAGCUGGAGACGCGCUUCCUGCUGGAGGAGCGAAACAUGAGCAUCUGCGAAUUCACGAGGAUCCCCAUGCCACAGGCCAUGUGCUAUCGCAAGAAGACGCGCAUAAAAAACAGGGAGUACCUGUUUUCUAUCAUCCAGGAGUACCAGCAGCCGAGUGGUCAAGUGGGUGUGGUGAGCGAGUGUCUACGAGGGUGUCCCCUGUUCAACCCGUGUAGAGACACCUCCACGCUGCUCAUCAAAUUGAAGGCACUCCGAGUGAAUGCCCUCUCGCUGGCGGAGCAGAAGGGGGAAAACCUAGUUGGCCUCAUAGACAAGGCGAUGGACAUUUUUCUCUCCAGCGAAAUGGUGUACGUCGAUCAGCAGGAGAACAUCCCCCCGAAUUUGUGCACGCAUAAAUUUAGGGGUAACCACUCGGGGCUGAGGGGGCAACCGCUUGACCAAUCGAGGCAGCCGCUUAACCAAUCAUUCCCCGCGGACUGCGCCGACAAGGGGAACUCCUUUUUCCCCACCAAAUGGAAAAACAUUGCCACGCAAAUUUGCCUAGACAUUUUAAAAAAAAAAAAACACGUCAAUUAUUUGAGAAAGUUACAUGAACGGCAAGGUAAAAUUGAGGAGUUGCUUUUUUUAUACCAAGAGAAGGUGAAGAAGAGUACAGAGACUGUGAAGAAGGCGUUGGUGUUCGUCUCCAAAUUGCUAAUCGAGAGACCCAUACUCGUCCAUGCUACACUCUUUGGGAAGAACCUAUUCUUUGUAAAAUUAAAAAUAGAAAAAAAUUUCCGCAGAGAAAGGAGGGACCCUUGUUCCCUCCACCGUACGUCCUCUGUUCAUGUGUAUGCUGUGAGGGGGCUACUCCAGAGGGGCGUGUUGGAGACGCUUAACGAGAUGCUGCUGCCCGUGGUGGACUUGCUCUCCCUGGAGGUCUGUUUCACCAUUGACCACGCGCUGAAGCUCAGCUUGGUGGUCACGGGGGAGGCCAACCGCAGGGUCCUCCACGUGCAGACGUUCCGCGGCGGGGACAUCCAGCGCAUGUACACCCGGUCCCCCUUCAUUUCGUAUUCGCUUUUUCCCUACAAUGGGGCGGGCCUGUGCUCGCUGCGCGCCCUCAGCCUGGUGCACUUGCUGCACGACAUGGUGGCCGACCUGUACUAG